CCCCUCCCAGCCCCCAGCCAACCCGUCCCCUUCUUCUCUCCGCGGAAUGGGGCCGGCGCUGCUCGGGGUCGCGCGCCCGGGACCCGGCUCGCGCUCGGUCUCGCGCUGUCAGCGACUGCCCCGCUCGCGCCGCCUCGCGCUCUCGCUCAGUCAGUGGCGCCGAAGGCUCCGUUAAGCAGCGGCGGCGGCGGUUCCUGUUUCCGUUUCUUCGUCUCCCUUCAGUCGGGAGUAGCAUCCUCCACCCAGCCACCCCUCCCACUCCCCAACGGGGCAGCUGCAGCUGAGGGCUGUGGCGGCGGCGGCGGCGGUGGCAACUGGGGACGGCGGAGACCGCCUCUGCUCCCGCCUCGGGUUGCUGCUUUUGCUAAGAGAGUACCCAUGACCUUGAUGGUAUUUUCGUUCAAGAUAAAGUAUUCUAUUGCCUUUAUUGAUUAACUGAACAAAUUCAGAUUUCAAUGAUCCAGGUAAUUAUGAUUUUUCAGAGGAAGCUAAAUAAGAUUUAUCUACAACUAAAGAGUACGUCACUGUGAUAAUUUUAGCGACCCAGAUUCAAGCAAUAAUAUCUUCCUUCUGGAAAUACCAUGUGGUUUUGUCCGCUUGUGUUCUAGUCGAAGGAAGCAUGUAGAGUCCAUGAAGCACAAGACAAUAAAGCUUCUUACUCAUACCACCAAGAGGAUCUCUUUGAAAGAUUCACUGCAAGACUACCAGAGACACACAUUUUCUGAAGCAUGAUGUGUUGAAACAACUGAAAGCUACUGCUUACGCGCUAGCUACAAACAGACCUAAGAUGUUUUCAAUUCUUUGAGCUCCGGGAAGCCAAGGAAGUGAGUUGAGAAUCUGAAAAUGCGGCCAUGGACUGGUUCCUGGCGUUGGAUUAUGCUCAUUCUUUUUGCCUGGGGGACCUUGCUGUUUUAUAUAGGUGGUCACUUGGUACGAGAUAAUGACCACCCUGAUCACUCUAGCCGAGAACUGUCCAAGAUUCUGGCAAAGCUUGAACGCUUAAAACAGCAAAAUGAAGAUUUAAGGCGAAUGGCUGAAUCUCUCCGGAUACCAGAAGGCCCCAUGGAUCAGGGGCCAGCCUCAGGAAGGGUUCGUGCUUUAGAAGAGCAGCUUUUGAAGGCCAAAGAACAGAUUGAAAAUUAUAAGAAACAAACUAGAAAUGGUCUGGGGAAGGAUCAUGAAAUCCUAAGGAGGAGGAUUGAAAAUGGAGCUAAAGAGCUCUGGUUUUUUCUACAAAGUGAAUUGAAGAAAUUAAAGAAUUUAGAAGGAAAUGAACUCCAAAGUCAUGCAGAUGAAUUUCUGUCAGAUUUGGGACAUCGUGAAAGGUCUAUAAUGACAGAUCUGUACUACCUCAGUCAAACAGAUGGAGCGGGUGAUUGGCGGGAAAAAGAGGCCAAAGAUCUGACAGAGCUGGUCCAGCGGAGAAUAACAUAUCUUCAGAACCCCAAGGACUGCAGCAAAGCCAAGAAGCUAGUAUGUAAUAUCAACAAAGGCUGUGGCUAUGGCUGUCAACUCCAUCAUGUGGUCUACUGCUUCAUGAUUGCAUAUGGCACUCAGCGAACACUCAUCUUGGAAUCUCAGAAUUGGCGCUAUGCUACUGGUGGAUGGGAAACUGUGUUUAGACCUGUUAGUGAGACCUGCACGGACAGAUCUGGAACCUCCACUGGACACUGGUCAGGUGAAGUAAAGGACAAAAAUGUUCAGGUGGUUGAGCUCCCCAUUGUAGACAGUCUUCAUCCUCGUCCGCCAUAUUUACCCCUGGCUGUUCCGGAAGACCUUGCAGAUCGGCUUGUACGCGUCCAUGGUGAUCCUGCAGUGUGGUGGGUGUCCCAGUUUGUCAAAUACUUGAUCCGCCCACAACCUUGGCUGGAAAAGGAAAUAGAAGAGACUACCAAGAAACUUGGCUUCAAACAUCCAGUUAUUGGAGUACACGUCAGACGUACAGACAAAGUAGGAACAGAAGCAGCCUUCCAUCCCAUCGAGGAGUACAUGGUGCAUGUUGAAGAACAUUUUCAGCUUCUCUCUCGCAGAAUGCAAGUGGAUAAAAGAAGAGUCUAUUUGGCCACAGACGACCCUUCUUUAUUAAAGGAGGCAAAAACAAAGUACCCUACUUACGAAUUUAUUAGUGAUAACUCUAUCUCUUGGUCAGCUGGACUACACAAUCGCUACACAGAAAAUUCGCUUCGGGGUGUGAUCCUGGAUAUACACUUUCUCUCCCAGGCCGACUUCCUAGUGUGUACUUUUUCAUCCCAGGUCUGUCGAGUUGCUUAUGAAAUCAUGCAAACACUUCAUCCUGAUGCUUCUGCAAACUUCCAUUCUUUGGAUGACAUCUACUAUUUUGGGGGCCAAAAUGCCCACAACCAGGUUGCCAUUUAUCCUCACCAACCUCGAACUGUAGAUGAAAUCCCCAUGGAACCUGGAGAUAUCAUUGGUGUGGCUGGAAAUCAUUGGGAUGGCUAUUCUAAAGGUGUCAACAGGAAACUGGGAAGGACGGGCCUAUAUCCCUCCUACAAAGUACGAGAGAAGAUAGAAACGGUCAAGUACCCCACAUAUCCUGAGGCUGACAAGUAAAGCUUAGAUGGAAGAGAAGGACAACUAAACUCACAACCAUUUGAGCCAAACAGUAGAUGAAGAAGGCCCUGACCUUACAAUACAUGGUGAAACAAGGAGAUACCUUCAAGCACCAGGAGCAAUUGGGAACUUACAGAUACUCCAUUGGUGGAAUUACUCUUUAACAAGGGCUACAAUGCCCUUAAACUCAUGCACAGUCCAAUAAUGUACUCACAUAUAACAUACAAACAGAUUGUUUUCUAUUUUGCCCUUCAAGAUUAUGUCCCCAUGAAACAAACACUGCCACAUUGUGUAAUUUAAGUGACACAGACAUUUUGUGUAAGACUUCAAACAUGGUGCCUAUAUCAGAAAGACCUUUGUGACCUAAUGAGAAGACCCCAAAUAGCUCCCUACUGCGGGGAGGUUGAUUCUUUGCCAGUGGUGCUACUGUAACCACUGAAUUCACUCCAAUCAGCAGAUUCAGAAUGAGAAUGGAUGUUUUUGUCUGGAUUUUUUUUUUUUUUUUUUUAGUAAUUGCAUCAAUUCGCCCACCUCAUCAUUAAUAAGUGAAGGAUAAAUCAGAAAAUAAAAUAUUCACACUCCAUUAGGAACUUUUGUAAAACAAUGCCAUGAACAGACCUUUAGUACUCAAUGUUUCUGGACAUUCUCUUUGAUAACAAAAAAAUAAAUUUUAAAAAGAGGAAUUUUGUAAUGUUUCUAGAAUUUUACCUCAUUGGAUGAUGUGGUCAACUUUUAGUAUGAUAAAAGAGGAGUUUUAUA